GAGAGAGAGAGAGAGAGAGAAUAAGAAGCAAAUACAUUAGAAGCGGAGGCCCUCCUUGUCCUUUAGAUCUCAGGCUAGGGCUUAUAUCUUGUGCACUUGUUUGGAUUGAUCGCUGGGUGGUGUUGUUGAAGGGUUUGUUCUUUGUGGUUUGUCUGAUUUUUCUUUCCUUUUUGGACUUCUUUUUUAUCCAUGCGGUAUGAGUGAGUUUCUUCCCCUAAAUCUUCUCCUCGUUGAUCCGAUAUGAUCUGAGCGAGUUUUGAUCCUUGGUCCAUCGAUUUAUUCCGGAAAAGAGAGGUUUUUAGCAUUUCCGAGGUGGAUCUAAACCUGAUUCCGGGUCAAAUUGAAGAAGGGGAAUGGUAGAUGAAAUAUGGGAUCUUUUCUGACUCUGUUACUUCUGUUCUGGAUAGUUGCGGGUGGAGUUUAUCGACAUCCCUGAUCGAGUUCUUGCUCUUCUGCUUGUUGUAAGCCGAGGGGGAAAGGGCGAGUGAGGAAAGAUCUAGUUAGUUGUAGUCUUCAGCCAUGACUUACUUCCCGGAGGAGGUGGUGGAGCACAUCUUCGACUUCCUCGGCUCGCACCGGGACCGGAACGCGGUGUCGACGGUGUGCAAGGCUUGGUAUCACGUGGAGCGGCUCAGCCGCCGGAAUGUGUUCGUCGGCAACUGCUAUGCCAUCCGGCCUGAGCGAGUGAUGGCGAGGUUCCCCGGGAUGAAGUCGCUCAGUGUCAAGGGGAAGCCCCAUUUCGCCGAUUAUAACCUGGUUCCUUAUGACUGGGGUGGCUUUGCUCUCCCCUGGAUCAAGGCCGCGGUGCGCCGCUGCCCGGGCCUCGAGGACCUGCGGCUGAAGAGAAUGGUGGUUACCGAUGAUGACCUUGAUCUCCUUGCGCGCUCCUUCCCCAACUUCAGAUCACUUGUUCUCGUCAGCUGCGAGGGAUUUAGCACUGAUGGGCUCGCUGCGAUUGCCACUUAUUGCAGAGGUCUUAGGGAGCUGGAUUUACAAGAAAAUGAAGUGGAAGAUCAUGGGCGCCAAUGGCUCAGUUGCUUUCAUGAAUCCUGUACUUCUCUGGUGUCCCUGAACUUUGCUUGCCUCAAAGGGGAGGUCAAUGCAGGCGUUUUAGAGAGGCUCGUGGCUAGGUGCCCAAACCUCAGGAGCUUAAAGCUUAAUCGUGCAGUAUCUGUGGAGUCACUAAAUGAGAUUGUUGCUCGGGCUCCUUACUUAGUGGACCUUGGAACUGGUUCUUUCGCAGUUGACCACCAUACCGAUGCUUAUCAAAGGCUGAUGAAUUCCUUUUCCAAAUGCAAGUCAUUGAGUAGCUUGUCAGGGUUCUGGGAAGCUUCUCCUCACUGCCUUGAUGCAGUCUAUCCAGUCUGCAUCAAUCUGACUGUUCUAAACAUGAGCUAUGCUCCUGCAAUUCAGGCCGAUGACCUUAUCAAGCUGAUUUCCCUUUGUUUUAAACUUCAAAAACUUUGGGUGUUGGAUUGCAUUGGGGAUAAAGGAUUAGCAGUUGUCGCCUCCACUUGUAAAGAACUGCAGGAAUUGAGGGUAUUUCCAUCUGAUAUCUAUGGUGCUGGAGCUACUUCUGUGACCGAGGAAGGUUUGGUUGCCAUAUCUUCAGGAUGCCCCAAGCUUAAUUCAUUGCUUUACUUUUGCUAUCAAAUGACAAAUGCUGCGCUUAUAACUGUUGCAAAGAAUUGUCCACAUUUCACACGGUUCAGAUUGUGUAUCCUUGAUCCUUGGAAACCAGACCCUGUCACUAAUCAGCCACUUGAUGAAGGUUUUGGGGCAAUUGUGCGUUCGUGUAAAAACCUCAGGAGAUUGUCACUAUCAGGUCUUUUGACGGACCAGGUUUUCCUAUAUAUUGGCCUAUAUGCAAAGUGUCUCGAGAUGCUGUCCAUAGCAUUUGCUGGUGAUAGUGAUAAGGGGAUGGUUUGCAUUCUCAAAGGAUGCAAAAAUCUAAGGAAACUUGAAAUAAGGGAUUGUCCAUUUGGUGAUAUCGCACUCCUGAAUGAUGUGGCAAAGUAUGAGACAAUGCGAUCCCUUUGGAUGUCGUCCUGCGACGUUACCCUGGGAGGUUGCAAGGCUCUUGCAGCAAAGAUGCCAAGGCUUAAUGUGGAGAUCAUAAAUGAAAGCGAGGGAACUGAUAAGCUUGAGGAAAAUAUUAGCGAUCUCCACAAAGUGGAGAAGAUGUACGUUUAUCGGACUGUUGCUGGGCCAAGGAAUGAUGCACCAGAUUUUGUUUGGACACUGUAGAAUUGGCCAAGACAUCUGUAUUAUUGUUAGUUUCCGGCGGUAAUGUUCUUAAGUUCUUCCGAUGUUUUAUUUGCUUUAAUGUUGUGGAAGUGGCACUAUGCAAUAUCUGUUUAGGUUGGUUUUUUUAGAUUGAAGCUAAGGAAGCCAAACGGAAUUCCCGGGUUUGUAGCCUUUGAUCUUGUGUAAUUUUUCUAGGGGCUUGUGGUCCUUAAUGGUAGUAGCAAAAGAUUACUAGACAUCAUCAUAUGUCUUUUUAUUCGA